AUGACUGGCGGCAAACAGAAGAACAAUUACGGAUCCAUCUCUCGAGACGUCGAUACGAUUACGUGCGAUAACCAGCUCAACUCUCCCUUGUUGCGCCUUCCCGGAGAAAUUCGUAAUCGUGUCUACGAGUAUGUCUUCUCCGGUUCAGAGACGGUUGUAAAUUAUUUGUAUCGGAAUCGCUGGCCGCACAGCAAAAAGAGUACCCCAGUCCACGUACUCGCGACCUGCCGACAGAUCCACCAUGAAGCCUCAUCUAUCUUCUGGGAUGCAUGUAUCAUCAACGCUUACUUCGUCAAUGGUCUUGUCGAUGUGGAAGUGGCUAUGAGAACCUCCAAAUGCGCUCGCAUAACAUCCCUCGUUGUGAAUGAGAAUGUGGCGUGGGAGAUGUCCCACCCGAGUCCCACCGCAGAAACCCCAUAUAUACUACAGAUGUUGCCGAUGUUGCGGAAGUUGUAUGUGCAACGGGCUUACGCUUUCGACACGAUCGAGGACAUAGUCGAGAUACUGUCCGGUAUCGCUGCCGAGGGCUUCGAGGUCGAGUACAGACCCUCUGGGACUGUGAGGACUUUUGAGUAUGGCCAGCAUAGCCAGAUAUUAUGGUAUUGA